AUGGCAGCGCUUCCCUUGGGCGCAUCGGGAGAUGAUGCUGCUGGCCAGCUCCUCGAGCGGAGCCCGUCGCCGCCGCCCGGCAACCUGGAAGGUGCGGGCCAGGGCAGCCAAUUUUGUUUACACAACUCGUCCUGCAGCCACUUGGACGGGUGCACAUGCGUUCUCGACGACGACCAUUUAGUACGGCAAUUCCGCGACUCAAUCUCAGCAUCGACAUCGCGAUCCUCCCGGUCCUCGACCCUGUCAACUGCAUCCACGAGCCUCACUGCUGCCGACUGCGACUGCACGCAGUCUACCGCCACUGGCCCCGGUUGCCGCUCUCAAACCCGUUCGUCUCUCCCCGGCAAGCGGAGCAGGCGGGACAGGGAGCAGCUGCAGGCUGCACGAUUACAGCGGUCAGGACGCGACGGGCCUCCAUUGGGCUCCAAGGACAAGCCUUCAAAACAUUCAAAGGCAAACUGGAGCCGUCGACGGUCAGGAAACACGAGCGGUACGGCAGAUGCCCUCGCCGCCGUUGAGCCUGCGAAUGAACACAGCCUGGUCAAGAUGUCGACUCUCGAGCAGCAAAGGUGGAUUAAUGUCCAGCAAAAGACUUUUACAAAAUGGUGCGUUGACCCGUCGUUGUUUCCCAAAAAGCUCCGUUCCAAGAAUCUUGGAGGAGCACAAGAGCAUGAAAAUACGAGAAAUCGCAAUAGGCAUCCUUGCUUACACCCAGCACUCCCUAGGUUAAAUACAAAGUUGGUAUCAAGAGGCCUCGAGGUCAAGGAUCUUGUCAAGGAUUUCGGUGAUGGUGUAAGCAAAGCGUCCUCAUCCCCCGACCAGAUGGUCCAGAGCGUGAGACUAACUUUCAGUGUCAAGGUCAUGCUUAUCCAUCUCCUGGAAUCACUGUCGAACGAGUCCCUCGGCCGCUAUGCUUCGAAACCAAAACUACGCGUGCAAAAGUUUGAGAAUGCCAACCUGGCUCUCGACUUCAUUAAAUGUAGGGGAAUCCAAAUGACGAAUAUUGGCGCCGAGGACAUCGUCGACGGCAAUCGUAAGAUUGUCCUCGGGCUCAUCUGGACCCUGAUUCUUCGAUUUACAAUCAGCGACAUCAACGAGGAGGGCAUGUCUGCCAAAGAAGGCCUAUUAUUAUGGUGCCAAAGAAAGACUGCCUGCUAUGACGAGGUUGAAGUACGAGACUUCAGCGCAAGCUGGAACGACGGGCUGGCUUUUUGCGCGCUUCUUGAUAUCCAUCGGCCAGACUUGAUCGACUUUGAUUCACUAGACAAGCACGAUCACCGCGGAAACAUGCAACUUGCCUUUGAUAUUGCCCACGAAGAGAUUGGCAUUCCCCGGCUUUUGGAUGUGGAGGAUGUGUGUGAUGUGCCGAAGCCCGAUGAGCGAAGUUUGAUGACGUACAUUGCAUACUGGUUCCACGCCUUUUCGCAGAUGGAGAAGGUCGAGAAUGCAGGCAGACGAGUCGAAAAGUUUGUCAGCAACAUGCAGGGCGCUUGGGAAAUGCAGACUGCCUACGAGAAGCGAAUGAAGGAGCUCCUCGCGGCCCUGCGCGCCCAAGUCAAGGAAUGGCAACUAGCCCAGUUUGAGGGGACGUAUGCAGAUGCAAAAGCGCAAGCCAAGGACUUUGCUGCCUAUAAAAGGGGGCAAAAGAGAGACUGGGUUGCUGAAAAGAGUGAUCUUGCAACACUUCUUGGAAAUAUCAAGACAAAACUUGGCACCUACCGACUCCGGCCGUACGAUCCACCCGCAGAGUUGAGCCUGGAUGCGCUGGAGCGGGAUUGGGGUACUCUGGCAAAGGCAGAAAUGAGGAGAGCACAACUGAUCAAUGAGACCAUUCGCGAUAUCAAAAACGCUCUUCGAAAGUCAUUUGCAGAUAAAGCUAAUGACUUUGCAAUGGCUCUCAACACGAUGCAACUUGCCAUUUCUGGUCUGGAUGGAGAUAUCGAGGACCAAUGGCACCACGUCAAGAAGCUGAGUGACAACUUGGCCCCCUUGGAUCGCUAUCUGGAAACAAUAGAAGCCGUCGACGCCAAAUGCUACGAGGCCAAUAUUGAGGAAAACGACUUUACAACAUAUACAUAUGAUGAACUAGCAUACGAGCUGGGACUCGUCAAAUCAUCAGUGCAAAAGAAGCUGGCAUUCCUGGAGAACCAGAUGGUGGCCCGAAAUAUGACCAACCUGACGCCUAUCCAGUUGGAGGAGUUUGAAAGUGUCUUUCGUCAUUUUGACAGAGAUGACUCGAAUUCUCUUCAUGAGAUUGAGUUUGGCGCUGCCCUUGCCUCUCUUGGACUGGUAUUUUCUGAGGAAGAGAUGCAUGACUACUUCUUGGAGACGUCUGGCGGGCGCGAUGAGGUAACAUUUGAGCAGUUUAUUCGAUUCAUGGUGGACGUCACGGAGGAUCAGAACACUGCAGAGCAAGUGUUCCAGUCCUUCCGUGAAGUGGCCGACGGCAAACCGUACGUGACGGAGAUGGACCUGCGGCAUAGUCUGGUCCCUGACGAGGUGAUUGAUAAACUUGUCGAGAUGAUGCCCCCUCACAAGGGUCCGGACAUGUCGCAAGACCGCGGACAGCCCCAAUUUGAUUACAUUUCAUUCAUGGAGAAGAUGAUCGACGCGGAGGGGACACAGGAUGAUGUGCCCAGUGGAGUUCUACAGGACCGUACUAACCUGGGCGACACAAAUCCGCGCAAGAGUCCCAAAGCAAAUGGGUUUCCUGGGUAA